AUGUCGCUCUUCCCGUCGUGUCUUGCCUCUUUCGCCGUGUUUCUUUUUCUUUCCACGUUCUCGCAUGCCAUCGUCUCUCGAGGUUACUCGGGCAGUCGAAGAUUGAUCGUUCAAGGUGUGACGAACGAAGAGAAUCAACGGGAAGAAUUUUUACCGGCGAUACCUUGCGUCAAAAGUUUCUUGCUCGAGCACAUAGGUAACGAAAACAAGACUUCCCUCGUGGUGAUAGACGACGAAGAAGACAUCAACGACAUAAUCAAGCCGCUUGUAGUGAGCCUUCACGCUAAUUUCUCGUUCUUCAGACAUGCUGCACAAGUGGACUUCGGGCUUCAGUUUUCUCCAAACAAGCACGCCUUGAGCACGAUCAUCGUAAUGCAAAACGCCAGCAGUUUCAAGAACAGUUAUUACGUAAUAGACCCCUGCGAACGUGAUUGUCCUUUUGUCAUAGUAUUGACCAACUCGUUUCAAGACGAAGAAACAUUUCUCGAGCAGGCUGCCGUCCUAACACAAUCGAUGUGGUUACGAAGGAUAUACACUGUUGUUAUUCUAGGGAGAGUUGGCGAUUCCGUAUUCGCUGCUGGUAGCGUAACCUUCGAACCUGAUGAAAUCUGUAGCUUGUCAUCUCCAGUUAUUUUGGACGACUGCGAGAGGAAAGGUUGGAGCAAAUUAGAGAAAAUCGAAGCUCCAAAGAUGGACAAUUGUGCGAUAAAAGUAGCCUACUUCAAAGAAGCUCCAUACGUCAUAACUGAAAACAAUACCGACGAGCUACAGGGAUUUGAGGGAAUAUUGGCAGAGAGCGUGUUAACAAAUCAGAAAAUCUGCCGGGAAGAAGUGAUGUGGAACAAUAACGGUAGCUUCGCGGAUCAAGUAAAAAUGAUCAUCAACAACGAAGUUGACCUGCUCAUUGGUCGUGUUCUACAGCAGCCCUGCGACGACAUAGAUUACUCAACCACGUACGACAUGUUGAAAAUGGUGUGGCUGGUGCCGAGUGUGCCUAACGUGUCACUGAAAGGCCUGAUCCGGCCAUUUCAUCUCUACGUCUGGUUAGCGGUCACAGGAUCCAUACUGUUAGGCAGUGUCAUCAAAAUCUUCUUGAUCCGCGAUCUGUCCUUUCUGGACAUAUUUGCUUUGAUAAUUGGAGUGUCCACCCCCCGUCAGCCUACCAGGCCUUCAACGAAAAUCCAGUUCAUCGCGUGGAGCGUUUUCGGCCUGUUUCUAACGCAGCUGUACGUGGACUCGUUGGCAGACGAGCUGAUCAAUCUGUCGGACCUGAGGUUCGAAACGAUCGACCAGCUGAUCUCGUCGUCGUUCGAGAUCGGCGGAACGAACGCGUUCCUCAAUGUCCUCCAGAUGUUCGAGAAAACGGACAAGGAUAUGUUCGAUAUCGUGCAGCGUAAGUUCGUGGUGUUCAACCAGUCUGACUAUCUCGCGCAGUAUCGCGACAUACUAGAGGGGAGGAACUCCUCGUUGGCUUUGGUCAUCGUGUUGAAUUCAUCGCGCAGCGACGUUAUCGAGACGAGUCACGCGUACACUAUGACCGCGGACGUGAUAUGCAGUUUCCCACUGGGGUUCGCUACUUGGAAGGGAUUCCCUAAUACGAGCUACGUCGACGACAAGAUCCACAAACUCAUCGACUUCGGAAUUCUCGACCACAUGAUAGACAUGUCUUUGAUAAAGGACAAAUACCACGUGUUGUCGCAAGCUGCGCGAGAGGCAGAAUACAAGAUGGAGCUCCAUAUGCGGCAUUUCGUUCCGGCGUUCCUUUUGAUCGUCAUUGGCUUCUCCAGUGCUCUGCUGUUCUUUAUUCUCGAAGUCGUGCUCUAUCCUUCUAAGCUUCUCGAAUAG